ACAUUUUUUGUACAUUGUUAUAACGAUUUAAAAAACGCAGAUAUAAAAUUGUAAAUAAUAUAAUUAGUUUCAAACAUAAAGAAGUGUAUGUUAACAAAAUAAAAUUCGCUUCAUGAAAUAUAAUGUUCGCCGUUAUGAUUAUUGCGCUUCUUUAUUUUGACAAGUUUUUGCACGUGACAGUUCACGUGUUAUGUUGAAGUUCAACAGCUGUUCUAUUCAAGACAGACACGGGACACGUGAUUAGUUUGACAAAAAUGACAGAUGUGUGGUGUUUAGACACCUUACCAUCUGACGUUCUGAUCUUAAUUUUCGAUUACUGUCAUGCGUUCGAUUUGGUACGACUCAGUGAAGUAUGUACACGAUUUUACGAUAUUAUACAUGAAGAAACCCUUUGGAUCAAAAAGAGUAAACAGCCGAUCGCGACGAAUCAAACUUCGCCAAAGUUUCGGGAAAGGUGCAAUCCAUUAUUAUGCUUGCGCACAAAGUGGCAUGUUUCACAUAAUUGGCAGCAUGGCAGAUAUGAAAAGAAAAUUCUCAUUUCACAAAAAACCAAGUUGAAGCCACGCGUUCAAUUAACUAAAGACAUUUUAUGGUGGAGUGGUGGAUAUCAACUGUAUGGUUUUAGACGAACAGAACAAUUUCCAACAAAUAAUCGCAUUUUUAUUGCUGAUAAUGUUAGAAGCGAUAUCUGCAAAUUUAUUGCUAAUAAUGAAUGCAUAAUUACUGGCCACAGAGAUGGCAGUAUACAAUUUUGGACACAAUCAAGAUAUAACCAAAAUAUAGAAUUUUGCUUUAGUAUAGACAGAGCACAUUCAGGUCAUGUAAAUGCGAUAGAUGAAACUCCUCAAACAAUUAUAUCAGGCUCUGGUGAUGGUACAGUUAAAAUCUGGGGACCUGUUGGGCAAAAAAUCUUAAAUGUACCUUUAGCAACAAUAAAUGUUGCAGAAUGGAUAUGUUCUCUUUCAGCAGAUCCGACAAGUAGAAAAGUUGCUAUUGGCUCAGCUGGGGAUACUGAGAGACCUCAUCUUCACAUAUUUGAUCUUGAAUAUUACAAUGAAUCUGAUAUAUUAAGACCUGACAAUAAGAGAUGUGCAGGAACAUUGGAUAUGGUCUGGGAUAGUCCACACAUUUUGCUUACUUGUGGUUAUGACACUUAUAUUCGAAAAUGGGACCUGAGAACUGGUACAUGUGUAUAUUCAUGGCCAGAUCCAACAGAUGCAACUUUAUAUUGCAUAUCAUCGGAUUAUCAGUACACCAUGAUCACUGGAACUAAAUUUAACUGUAAAGCUGUUCUCUGGGAUCAAAGACAAAGAAACUAUGUACAACUGUAUUUUAUGAAUCUUCGUAGAAUGUCCAGCCCUGUUUAUUCUCUCAGUUUUGAUAGUACUCAUUUAUAUGGAGCAACGGAUCAGCAUCUAGUUGAACUCAAAUUCUCAGGAUAUUCUUACAAAGAAUGUAAUUAUAAAGAAAUUCUAAAAUACGAACAAAUAAUAGAAUAAAUCGAAAGUAGCUCAAAUUAACUUAUAUAAAACAGAUGUAUAAUUUAUUUAAUUCGAAUUGUUAGAAAAUCGUACUAUACUGAUUAUACAAAAUAUCUGUAUCAAUGUAUACCCAUAUAAAUUGCGGCACUUUGUAACAUGGAAUAUUAAGCAAUUUAACUAUACAACAGAUUAAAAGAAACUUCAUUAAUACAAUAAUUAUUAACACUUUAUUAUGUUAACAAAUAUUGAUUUUUUAAACGAUAUUUAUAAAACGUAGGAAAUUUAACUUGACCUACAUCGUCUGUAAAUUUGUAACAAAUUGUACUAUUUAAAAAAUUGUUAUUUCACCGUGCACAACACCCGAAGCACUUUAAGACAAGUAUUUGUAAUACACGAAAAUAAAUAUAUUUAUCCAACUAA